CUCCCUUUAAUGAGUACACGCCAUUUUCAGCAAAGCAAAGGUCUAUAUAACAGGUAUGAACCCUUCAUGCUUUAAGAGGCUGUUGAUUCCUGACUCUAUGAGCCUGAUAAACUGUUUAACAUCAGUCAAUCUGCGUACAUAUUGCUUAAAGGCAGGCAAACUGGGAUACUGUGGCUUGACAGGUCUAGAUGCUGUGGUGUCAUAUAUAUCAGCUCAUAUGAGAAAACAAGGAAGAAUUGAUACAGAUCUUUUGGUGAUUGAUAACCCAGUUAGUGGAGAAGUUGUAAAACAGUUUAAAAAGGCUGGUGUCAAGAAGAUAGCAUGUACUAUCAAAGAAGAGGAACACUUUUUGAAAAUAAAGGAGCAGCUAACAGGGUCGCAUCAUGUUUACCUGUACAAUCUAUUAGGCAUGCAUAAACAAUGGGCAGAAAAACUACCUAAUGUAGUUGAAUCAGAGGUGAAAUUACUAGCAUCAGUUGGAGAUGUAACAGGACUUGUAAUUCUGGCUUCUGGUAUUUCUGAUGUUGAGAGCUUGGAUGUUCAUAGACACCUCCUUAAACGAGUGAUGACCAACAAUGUGGAUGGUUUUAACAGUAUCAAAAAAAUACAUUGGAUUUUAGCUUUAUCUGAAAAAAGUGUAACAUCAAAAAAGCACUUCCAAAGUAAUUUUUCAGUAAUAAAACUGAUUAAUUCAUUUUAUAAGCACAAGAAUGGAAUAAAUAUAAGUCUCGAUGAGUCCCGCUCAAUAUUUUGUGAAAAUCUAGAUUCAAAGAAAUUUCAUAAAGAGUCUAGUAUUAAUGUAGUGAGGAAGAAGAGUAAGAUAUCUAGUAUAAAAAACUCUGAUGUACAUUUUAUGCACUUUGUUCCGAAGUCAAGUGUGUUACAAAAGUUGAGAGUAGAAGAGAGGAUUGAAUUUAAAACUUUUGUGUGUACAAUAAAUGGACCUCAGAGACUUAUACCUGCAUUAGAGAAGUUGAUACCUGGAUGUGGCCUUGAAUUGAUAGAGCUUGGAUAUGGAAUGGCUGAUGAAGUUCAAAAGAUUCGCGCAAAUAAGUUGUUGAAAUUAUACAAGGAUGUUAAGAGCUUACCAGAGUUCAAAGGGUCAGCACUUCAUGCUCUGUUAACAAGAAAGGAUGCUGAGAUAGAUUUGCAAGACUUGCAAUAUGAUUAUAAUAUGUCUAUGGUGAAAUGGUGACAGAAGCAACUGUGGUCAAAUUUUAAUAUGAUAAGAUGCAAGAUUUGAUUCAUUGUUUCUUGAACAUGAAAGUAAAGUAUGUGUUUCUGAUGUGAUAAUCCACUGUGAUUGUGAUAUCAAUAAGUUUUAAAGUAAUCAGUGAAAAUUUGGAGUUAGCCAAUGAUAAAACACUUGUUAUUAUGAAGUAUUUUUAUUGAUCAUUGAUUAUAUAAUAAAAGUAGAAGACAGUAAAAAA